GUUAGAUUGUAUUUUAUUCACAUUUCACGUUCCACCUGUCGAACAUUUGAAAUAUAAGACAAAAUCUGAUGAUUUCAUUCUUGAAAUAAUCUAACCAGUGACACCGUGACAUUCUCAAAAAUCAAGCACUAUUUACUGCAUUAAUCUGCUUCACUGAAAAAAAAACAUAAUCUGACGAUGAAUUUAACUGCUCGAAUUUGACGUUAUAUGUUAUUGCAAAUGAUGAGGUGUUUCCAGUGAAUUUCUUAUUUUGUAGAUCAUCGAAAUAUUUCCGAUGGAUUGGUGGUACGUUAUAGCAAUUAUUUGCAUAGCAACUGUUUCGGUCCUCAGUUUAACACUGUUCUUCAAAUACAGGAGAAACUGGAAAAUUGCGCGUAUCUUCCUGGCAUUAUUGCUUUUACCAUGGUCGGCAGGUGUCUGCUUGGCAGUUUGUAAAGACACUGGAUUAAAGUGUGCUAUUUUAAUCAACUUCACUAUUUUGGAAGAUGUAUUAACAAUUAUUUUCCUUUACAUGACGAAAAGAUUGAAAGUACACGUAGCGAUUGCAUUAUCAGUCUUAUCGAUAAUUUGUCCUGUUAUUGCUAGUUUUAAUUUUUGUAGACUGUAUGCAGUAUCUUUGCGAACUGUUGGCAGUUGGCUUCUUCAACACUUCUGUGUGUUUGCUUGUAGUGCUUCUCGCAAACUGGCUCAAAUGAGUUCGAUGCGAAUUGUCUAUGCGACAUCGUGUAUCACAAACUUGCUUGAGUAAUUUGUGAUUUCUGAUAACAUAUAGAUUAUUUUGUGAAAGUUAACGGUAAAAUAUAUAACAAUUUACAUCUCGAAUUUUUAAUCUUUGUUAGUAAUAGAAUUAUUACUAUUAUUAUAACUAAAUGCAUUAUUUGCAUGCACAAUCUUCCCUUCCCAUUAACAAGUGAUUAUGAUCGGUGUAUAUUUAAAAAUUAUUUGUAAAGUUAUUUACAUUUGAGUUUAACUUGAUUAGAUCUAAUUAAAAACAAUAUUGUGC